AUGACAAAGAAUACAAGAAGUAGUUUAUGUACUAGGGAGUGGAAGGAUGGUAUGGUAUGCUUUAGGAAGAGUGAAAAUGGUAUUUCGAGCCUUAGUUUAUGCCUUAGGAAGUGGAAGGGUGAAAUUGGAAAAGUUCACACUGAAGCAACUACUGAUAUAUAUGUCUCUUUUGUAAAAUUAUGUCCAGCAGGAUUUAAAAACAAGAGUGAGGGAAAUGUUGUAAUACCCACAGGAAUAAUGGUUGAUGCCAAUAAAACUGAGUCGCUUAUGGUUAUUCUUACGUUUAUCAUGUUUAGUAUCUACACUCUACUAAAAGACAAGUUUAUGCCGUGUUAA